CCUGAAUUGAAGACGCUUUACAUGAGGACUUCCAUCAUCAGAUAUUUCCCCAAAGGAAAGCAUUAAAUAAUAGACCUGCAGGGACAGCAUCCGGUAAGAUUCUCACCUACCACACAGCCACACUGGUCUGAAACGUUCCGAAAGCUUUUAGCAGCUAAAAAUAAAAGCAAUCUGGAAUGCACAUAGUUUUUUCCAAUUAUAACCCUACCAUAAGGCUGUUGGUUAUGGACUAAAAACAGUCCAGAUUUAUUAAACUUUCUGGGUAUUUCCCCACCCAGAGUUUUGUCCACUGAUCACAAAAUGUCAAUUUAGAAGUCAAAGUCUAAAGCCCAAUAGAAUCUUCUCCAUUACUUUCUAAAUAACCCAUUGCCACACUUGCUAAAAUGUAACCUGGUUCCUAGCAGGUUAAGAACCUGCUGGGAAAUAUAUGAUCAUCUCUGUUGACCAAAGAUUGGAAUUUUGUAUCAAAUGCUUAUGUUCAACAAGUUUCUCCUGCACACAUUAGCCUGCCCAAAGCACAUUACACAACAUGUUCCUGUGAUUUUAUUAACACAUUUCGAUUUUAUCAGACUGUCAUUUAAAGGGUUACUCUAUCCCUUUAUAAAUGAUUGUAUUUUUUUAGUGUAGAAUGGCCUGUUCAGUAUUAAUCAUUAAUCAUGAGCAGCCAAUCCCCUAACACUAAAGGGAAGGGGAGGGGGAAAUUACUCCGAAUCCUGUGCUGGGCAAAGCUCCUUUUGCGAGAUUCCAUACCUCCAACAUCACAACCUCCCUCACGCAGUCCAUUCAAAAUGCAUUACAUUGUACUCUCUCCUGUCUCUAAGUGCAUGCAUGCUCUAAGCCAGCGAGGGGACACAUAAGGAAGUGGGAAUAGCAGAGAUGGGAGACUAAGCCAAAAGAAUUGCAAAUAUCUCUGAUGUGCAAUGUUUCAAGUCGAAAUGUAGCACAUGCAGAUUCCUACUACCAUAACCACGUCUAAAAGCAAAGAUUAUUAUAAUAGUGGGAGUAACCCUUUAACCCCUUAGUGACCAGACUGUUUUUACAUUUCUGCAGUGUUUGUGUUUAGCUGUAGUUUUCCCUCUUACUGUACCCACACAUUAUAUACCGUUUUUGCCAUUAAAUGGUCUUUCUAAAGAUACCGUUAUUUUCAUCAUAUUACUAUAAUAAAAUAGGACUUAAAAAACCCACAAAAAAAAAAAAAUCUACAACCGCCAAAAACUACCCAUGCUAAAUGGUUUCGAAAUUUUGUCCCGAGUUUAGAAUACCCAAUGUUAACAUGUUCUUAGCUUUUUUUUGCAAGUUAUAGGGCUAUAAGUACAAGUAGCACUUUGCGGUUUUCAAACCAUUUUCCCCCCCAAAAUUAACGCAAGUUAUAUUGUAACACUGAUAUCUGUCAGGAAUCCCUAAAUAACCCUUCACAUUUGGCAUCACUGCAAUACCCUUAGAGUGGCUGGAAGCGAUCCCGAUAGCUUCCAGUGCUCAUAUUUGCCGUGGACGUACUAGGUAUGUCUGCCCUCCUUAAGGGGUUAAAGGGAUCCUAUAGUGCCAGGAAAACAAACCAGUUUUCCUGGCAUUAUAGGCUCCUAGAGUGCUGUAGAAUAUUACCAUGUUCCCAUUUAUAUUCAUAGUAGGCAUGGAGGUCUAAUGGGUUAAAAAGAACAGAUGGUACUUUGCUAUGCUGUACCAUGAGAACUCUGGAAUGUGGUAAUGGGGGGGGGGCUUGUCCUUCUAUGGCUAGGGUUAUAUUUAAAAAGGUCUGAUGUCACAAUUGUCAUAGCUAUAGAGAGGUCUUGCUGCACGAGGUUGUUCUUCUUGUCCAGCUGUCCAACUAUGUAGAGACUAACUCCCCCUUCAGGAGUCCAGCAAUUACCAUCUGCUGUUGAACAUCCAUAAUCCUGUAACAUCCUUUUUAGUUUUAUUAUGCAUCAGUAACUAAGAAUAAACCGUAAGUCAGAUUUCAUAUUCGUAUUUUUGGUUACUAUAGACCUAUAUUAACAUUGUGAGCCUUUUACCCAAGAAGAAAUAUACAAAUAAUAUUUCAGUCAACCUGGAAAGACAGAAGAAGCAAAUUACAAGUGCCCCCUCCCUCGGGGCUGAAGGGGUUAAGACCCCUUUAGCCACUAACCUGAAUCCAGCACCAAUGUCCCUCGGAGCUGGGUCAGGCUCCGCCCACGCUCCUCCGCCACCGGGGGGAGACCUGCUGCAUACGCAUUAGACCUCCCCAUAGGAAAGCAUAACCAGGGCAGCACAAAACCAGGAUACACCACUGCUCCUCAGACAGAUCACUCCAAGACUCCAUUUUACUAGAUGCUUUCAUGAGGUCCAUGGAAAUUAAGCUAAAAAGGUCCAGUUCUCCAACAGUCGUCACACUUAUUAGAAGGUACAACUGACAACUUCUCAAUAAAAUGAAUUCCAAUGUCUGAACUUCUAGUAGAAGUCAGAGUCUCCCAAAAUAGCACCAACAGCCAACUCAAGUACAGACCAUAAAAUUACUGAAUUACUUUGACCUAAAAGGUUAUCAGAUCUUCAAUUCCCAGUGAUAAAUAGAAGCAAUGAUACUAACAGGCACUCGAACAAUACUUCUAUACACAAGCACAAAACACAAAACAAUAAAGCACUACAAAUAUGUGCCUUUACCACAUCAUAUGGUAAAUACCUAAGUUCUUUGUUUAUUUUAAAUCCCAGCAUAUCACACAAGCUAUUCACAGGCCAAUAUGAAUUCUGAUUCCUUUAAUAUGGGACCCCGAGAUCAAAGAUUCUCUUCUGUUCUCAAAAUUUCUAUAAAGAGCAGGACCCGCUUUCACCUUGUUCCAGUAGGUAUCUAUGUACACAUAGUUCAUUCAUCUCGUCUGCAGCCACAUUAUAUUGUUAAAACAAAAAAUUAAAUAAAACCUGUUGGCACAAUAAUAGAGUGCCAACUUGGCAUGGAUCUUCUCACAAAAUCCACCAUGCUUCAUUUAACCGAGUGCCAAGGGGUGUGGGCACUAAACUAAGCAGUUUGUAAAUCGGACACGUUAAAACAGAGAUAAAACUUCAGCAGAGAACCAUUUAAAAACCAUUGUCCCUCUAUACCUUUUUUCUUUUUUUCCUAGACUUUCAUCUUGGUUUUCAAUGGAACUGUAUUUUAAACCAGGCACGAUCAAGCUGUCGGAGGAACUGGGAAGCCCGUGGGCAGGGUAAGUCAUGAGAAAAGAGAGGGCUCCUUAUACUGCCUAAAUUAAAAAUGAAAAACCCUCGAUGGGAGGCAAGUCUCAGCGGGAUAAAGGAUCGGCUUGUAUUGUUUACUUAAAUAGCAUUAUGUUACCAAGUAUGAUAUUCAUGUUGGCUUCUAAUGCACAGAACAAGGUAAUACACCAAUGAGUAGUAUAGGCUCAAUACUAAGCUAGCAUUAAUAGAAUAUCUGUUUAGAAAAAAAAAAAAAAAAAAAACAUUGAAAGCUGGAAAUUUGGGACACGAGUGAUAUUGUCACAGGCAAACUUCCCUUUUCCAUUCUUUUUCUGAUUCAGGAUUCCCACCAAAGACCAGUCCAAGCUUCCCCAUCUCCGAGCGCACCCAGGAUUCCAUGACUGACAUUUUCUACAAACAGAUAUUUACCAGACUUCCUAUUCUGCCCUUUAUAAGAACCAAAAAUAGAAAGAGUAAAGUAAUGACCGCUCGGAUAAUUUCAGCUCGCAGUAAUGACCAUGUUGAAAAAUUGCUCAUGAGUAAGGUUUAGGGAUCUAGAAUAAAAUGAACCCCAUUAACAUUUCCCUAUCAGGAGGCAGACAAUUUUAGCGUACAUACACCAUGACCAAAAAAACAAAAACAAACCACAAACACUUCCAUUCUUGACCCAGAGUACAAAACCAUAUGGAAAAAUUCUGAAUUUCCAUUGUCCUGGGGAAGGUGUUAAAUCAUCAAUCACUAUAAAUCUUCAAAAAAAAUGGCAAGUCUGUGGGGGGUGGUUAGAAUUUACCAUGUGCCUUUCCACUGACCUCUAGUAAACCUUUACUAAAAAUAAACCAAGAAUGCUCUGGUUAGCACUCCCCGAAAAAGUGGUUUUGCUUUUUGAUUGCACCAUCUUUAUCAGGGUUCCCAUGUAUAUCUUGCAGGCUAAUGGUUACCCACCAGACCCAUUUGCGCGGCCCACCAAGCUCCGAUCAGAACUUUAAGUGCUGUAUGUCCGAUUUAUCCUCAUUACAAACGUUUUCAGAUAAAGUUAGAACUCUAGUUGCCAACUUCAACAUCAGAAUUUAAUGCACUUCUAGAAGUAUAUUGGAAUUGCAGUCUGCAAAUCAAGCUCCUCAAUAUGGGACUGCAAUAUCUCCACUCCAGACUGAGUUCCAAGUGAUUCUAAGAUUUUUGUGCCCAAGAAAGGUAAAUUUCUCUGUAUAUAGUGGAGAGGCCAAGCAACAUGCAGAUGGAAGCCACUGACCUUCAAUGUGACGCACAUGAAAGUUUGUCAAUUUAACAAUGGCACAGCAAGAAUCUUCCUUUCUCAGAAGAUAAAACAGGUUUCUUCCAGAAUGAGGCACACCAAGGUAAAUUUAGGACAAGAGUUACUGCCUUUUACUUUAAUCAUUUGGUUUCCUAUUUGCAUGUAGCAUUUUAUUUUCUGCUCCUGCAGGAGGGGAUCGGUGUGCUCUGGCAUGUAUAGACAAUGCAACACCUGCAUGGAGAGAAACUACCAAAGUACCCAAUGGGUUCAUGUCAAAGACAUUGAGUGACAUCCUGUUUGGCUGCUCUAUACUGUGCUAGAGGUCAGACUGAACUCCUGUUGUACUAUACUCCAAGUUCUUCCAUUAGGUUUACCAACUUUAAACAAUUAACCCCUUCAUUACAUAGUAUCAGAUCAGUAUAUGGGCAUAAUUACUGCACAUUGUUUUUUUCCAGUUAAAAAUCCCUGUAGUGAGUCUGCACCCCAUUAGCAUGGCCCACCAAGCUCCAUUUAGAACGUUAAGUGCUGCCGAUUUAUCCUCAUUAAAAAAGUUUUCAGAUACUCUAAUUGCCAAGUUCAACAUCAGAAUUCAAUGCACUUCUAGAAGUAUAUUGGAAUUGCAGUGUGCAAAACAAGCUCCUCAAUAUGGGACUCCAGACUGAGUUCCAAGAGAUUGGAAGAUUGUGCCCAAGAAAGGUCCCUGAACAUGGUAACCGUUUCUCUGUAUAUAGCAGAGAGGCCAAGCAACCUCCAAUGUGACACACACAAGUUUGUCAAUUUAACAAUGGCACAGCAAGAAUCUUCCUUUUCAGAAGUGCUUACUUAUAUAAAACAGAGGUCUUCCAGAAUGAAGCACACCAAGGCAAAUAUAGGACAAAAGUUACUGCCUUUUACGUUAGCCAUUUGGUUUAGUAUUUACCAACUGGUAGAAUGCUGCAUUGGUCCCACUUUCCCCACAGUGUAGGGGAGUAUGUGGGAGACGGAAUGAAUCUAAUGGGAAGUAGCAUUAAUAUGGGAUGAAUGUUGGGGUGUAUGCAUAGCACUUUGAAGUAAUCUGCUAGACUAGUUUCCUCAUUUCCCCACAGUUUGUGUCCUCCAGUUUCAACUUUUGGCAGUACCCAGAUUCCAGCCCUGAGGCAAAAGUGACAUGUGACAAAAUUGACACUGUGUAGGUAAGGAGUCAAAUACCAGUACAGAUAACUUGGGGGGAAAAAAUUAAAAAAAAAAUCCGUUUUGAAAUGACAUGUAUUAAGUUCAGAAGGUUGUUUGGGGACACUGCCUGUUUUGAAGCUUUGUCAGGUCCUAAGAUGCAGCAAUACAAUCAGGAUUUUACUCCUGUACCAGCAGACCUCACUUGUGUGAACAAAACAGACAUGCAAACUGCAUCCCAAUCAGUCUAGUCUUCCCAGAGUCACAAUAUGCCAAAAUCCAGCAUCAUUUAUAGUAAGAGUCUAUAGUCGGGGUCCACAUGCCCUGGCUUGCAAUCGACAACUCCCCCACUCCCCCCACCCCCCCUCGCUCUCUCUCCCCUUCCUCUCUGGGAGUAAAAAGCAGAGGAAGACUUUGGAGGGAGUGUGUGAGGGGAAGGAGAGGAGGCUGUGAUCAAAGGAAGGCUUGAUACAGAGGGGAAGAAGGGCAGAUGAUUUGUUAGAGCACAUCCCAAUGGGCUGUCCCAUAACACCUCAAAUCGGUGAGAAGACACUCCACUCGGCAGUCUUGUCAGGGUAAUCUCCAGGAGCAAGACAACUCAGAGCUGGCAGGUAAGCAAUACAAAUAUUUAUUUUGCACUUUAAAGGGGGACAGGGAAGUCAACUGCAUGGUUAAAUAGUAACUUUCUUAAAAACGGUGCAAGUUUUAAUGCUCACACAGUUCCACUAUCCAUCCCUGCAGAAGGUAACCCAGGAGGGAUCUAGAUAAUCUGCGAGUGUGUAGCUCCCUGGCACACAGCCCACCCUCGCCUUGACCAUUCCUAGUACAAUGAAAGCAGAUGUUGGGAUUGAUAUUGUGCACCCAGGAGGGGGGAAACGACAAACAAAGUGGCCAGAGAAUUUCAGACUUUGAUUUGGCAAAUAUUAACUCAUUUAGGUGCAAAAAAAAUAAAUAAAUAAAAUUUAAAUCCCCGUGCCAUCCCCCAUCUGCAUGCUGCGGGGACUGCUCGAAGAUCAGCUCUGGAAAAGUUCUAAAAGUGGAGCAGUCUCCAUGGAAACCAAAAAUGUUUGAGAUUGGUCCUGCAUGUGGACUAGAUUGUGCUAAAGCAGCAACAAGUAUUUGGGGGGUAAAUCGCUACAUUGUAUCAUAGCAUGGCUUCCUCAAGAUUCCAUGGUCGUUUGUUUUGAAAUCUUCAUACAUUUCUGGGGUUUCAUAAUCCGGUGUGUGGAUUCUUUAAAAAGUCAGAGAUAAAAAUAAAACCUGUUUUAUACAACUGGAAAUAGUUUAUAGAAUAUUGCAAUGUCUAACACUAUGUAUGCACCAUAUGCCAUCCGAUUAUGCUACUAGUGUAUCAUACAGGUUAUUCAUGGUCUGUGUGCUACACCGCUACUAGUGUAUCAUACAGGUUAUUCAGGGGCUGUGUGCUACCACUGCUACUAGUGUAUCAUACAGGUUAUUCAGGGGCUGUGUGCUACACUGCUACUAGUGUAUCAUACAGGUUAUUCAGGGGCUGUGUGCUACCACUGCUACUAGUGUAUCAUACAGGUUAUUCAGGGGCUGUGUGCUACACUGCUACUAGUGUAUCAUACAGGUUAUUCAGGGGCUGUGUGCUACACCGCUACUAGUGUAUCAUACAGGUUAUUCAUGGGCUGUGUGCUACACUGCUACUAGUGUAUCAUACAGGUUAUUCAUGGGCUGUGUGCUACACCGCUACUAGUGUAUCAUACAGGUUAUUCAUGGGCUGUGUGCUACACCGCUACUAGUGUAUCAUACAGGUUAUUCAUGGGCUGUGUGCUACACUGCUACUAGUGUAUCAUACAGGUUAUUCAUGGGGCUGUGUGCUACACCGCUACUAGUGUAUCAUACAGGUUAUUCAUGGGCUGUGUGCUACACCGCUACUAGUGUAUCAUACAGGUUAUUCAUGGUCUGUGUGCUACCACUGCUACUAGUGUAUCAUACAGGUUAUUCAGGGGCUGUGUGCUACACUGCUACUAGUGUAUCAUACAGGUUAGCUACUAGUGUAUCAUACAGGUUAUUCAUGGGCUGUGUGCUACACUGCUACUAGUGUAUCAUACAGGUUAUUCAGGGGCUGUGUAUUAUAGAGAGAGAAGAUAGUAUGGAUUUUAGCACUUUGUCCUAUAAAAUACAAUUUAUAACAAGGGAUCAGAACUUUCAGACUAUAUACAGUUGAUGCCAACCCAUUGUGUUGUAGGAGUUAAUUCAGUGACCCAAUCUUCAAAAUAGAAUAUUUAUAUCAAAAUAUAUUUUGCAAGAUGCCUUAAUCCCUUCCCAGCGUCAGAAUGGUCUCCAUUGUAUUGGGGGAGGCAGGGCAAUGACAGUAAACAACUUUGUGUUGACAGUUGCCUGGGGCUUUAUGAAUAGGACUUGUGCAUCAUCCACUGGAAGCCCACUAAACUGGCAUGGGGACGUUUUACUAGCUUCCCUGGGAUACAAGGGUUUUUUUUUUGAAGUAGGUCAUUGGGGUGGGAAAAAGUUCCCAGAAGAGAUGAAAAUGUUUAUCAUUCAUCUGAUACUUCCUUCUUCACAUUCUGCUGCCAGAGGUGUAUACAUUGGCCCUAAUCCUUCCAUUAACAUGACAGGUCCGGGCUGCUUGCAUGAUUUUAUUACAGCUAGCUAUUCUAUAUAUGGGUGGGGAGGAUGUGGUGUUAGUUCAGUGUAAUACUGCUACAAAAUUCAGUCCACCAGCCUGCCCUUAUCCCAGGCCUUUUACAUUGAUUAACAUUAUACAAAUAGAAAAUAACAUGGAGACAGCCAUUGAUUUGCAAUAUAGUUGGGUAUAAUCAGGAUAUUCCAUGCUAGUCACACUUUACAGUGAAAGGGGCGAUCUUUACACAAUGGGGAGGGAUACAUUGUGCACAUGUGUUGAGGUAAACUAACUCCUAGCCCAGAAGGUGGCCAGUUUGGGUUGGUGUGUGGAUGCCCUUUAGGAGAAAAGGCUCAUUAGACCAGGGUUCUGUCUGUGGAAGUGGUUCAAUUCAUGGCUGGUAAGGGGAGGUCCAGUUAUUUGAACAGUAAUAUGAAGGCUGAAAGAUUACAUCAACCUGUAUAGUGUCUGGUCUGUAUUCUGGGACUAGGACAGAGUUGCCCACAAAUUUGUUUGGGAACAAGUACUUUGAGUCUUUGAGAGUAAUCUCAGUUUACUACAGUGAGUUAGUUACAUAUUCUCAAUGUAUAAUGUGUCCCUGUAUUUCAAGCCAAUUCCAAUUCAAGUCCACUUGCCAGGGUGCAUGUUACCCUUCCCAGUUGACUGCCAAUGUUCAAAUAAACCUGUAAUAUACAUUAUCCAACUGGUGCUGGACUCCAGUGACAAGAAUGUGCUUCAAAUCAUCUGGAGAUCAGCCUACUGGGUCAAGAAUAUCCCUUUACAAAUACAUACUUUCCCUGGUUUUGUCCACCCCCCACAACACACUUCCCCGUUUCCUGUGUCAGUCUACAGGGAUCCCUGCAUCCAAUUGGCGAAAAGGUGACGUCUGGUUAGAAUAUUCAAUCUGAUUCAGCUCCAGAGGAAACAUGCUAUCUUUCCCAUCACAUCAUGUGACCCAGACCCAAAGUCCAACUGAUAUUCUAAACCGUUCUCCACAAUGGCAGCAUCUCCCAUGCUUCUCACCCAUUUAUCUUAUUGAAGUGGCUUACCAUACUAUGUCCCUAAACAGACUGAAGUCUGGCUGCACUAUAGGCUUAAACAUUUUUUUUUCCCCCAUAGGCCUUAUGAGAUUAGUAUUUCUAUGCAGUUUCAAAAGUUUUAGCCAAUCUUUGAAUGAGGUUACAUUUAAAAAAAAACAACAAAAAAAAAACCUAGUACAGGGAGCAUGUGGUUUGGAUUUUGGUUUCAGCUCUGCUGAAGACUUUUCUUGAAUAAAGUUAAUUAUGAGAUGGAAUUUAUAUGCAAGAUAUAUGUUGAGCAAAGAGCUUGAUCAUAAAUUGUUAGCGGGUGAUGUGUAGCCCCUGUAAAGGCUCAAUCCAAGACAGUCCUUUCACAAGGCAAUUCCUAAUCUGUACACCAAGCGAUGCAGUGUGGGCCCCCUCCUUACCCGGCCCUCAGUGGGGCCCCUCCUUUCCCAGCCUCCCCAAAUAAUUCUGGGGGAAGGGGAGCUGCAUGUCACUAAUUGCUAGUAAUGCAGCCCCUCCUUUUCCCAUAAGGUCAUUCGUGUCAAGUAACAGACAAGUGCAAACCGUUUAGAUUGUGUGCAGAAAAGGAGAUUUGUAGGCCUUUCAAACCCCCUUUCCCAGACUCAGGAAAGCUCAAAGAUUGUCUUUAAUGAGCAAAUCCAGUAACUCAUCCCCAGUCUGGCUCUGAAGCGCCCCCUUGUGACUAAGAUUUAGUAUUUACUUAAUGGAAGAAUGUUACAGACAAAAGUUAUUCACAGCUUGCAUUUCUCAAACUUCCCACCUACCUCAAAACGACGUGUACAUGAACUCCCAUAGAGCGAUUUUAGACAUGCCUGAAAUUCUCCAGGAAAUCUUUCCCUUUCAAAUUUGCCAGUAAGUCACUUUGGUCUUAUCCACAAUACAGUUUCAGAUCCUGCACUCUGAGAAAUAAAUGUGCAUCCACUCAUUCAAAUCUAACAAAACCUGGAACUCGAGUGCAACAUUUAACAGAUUACUUAGCCAGAGUCAAACUCCUUAAAUUUCAGAGGUUAAACAAUAGGGAGUCAUUACCGUCAAACUUCACCCAUUGACCUACCUACUUCCCAUGUGUAUAGCAAGUCCCAUAUCUGUAUUUGGCCUCCGUAGGGAUGCCAUCCUCUCAAUCUUUGAAUUAGGCAGUGUCACAGCCUUCCCUAUUGGCAAACCUCUUACACAAACAAAAUGCAGAAAGCCAACUUCAAAGCAGGUCUUAAGAGAAACACUUAAACGGACAAAGCUGCUGGAAUUUAAAGGCUUACACUUCCUCAGUGUAGAGAGAAGAGCCAUGGGAGGCCUUGUCUGGCACAGCAUGGUUUGCUGGAGGACAAUGGGACCAUGUCAGAUCAUGCAUAGAAGCUUUGGAAAAGAGACAAAUUGUGGAUUCAUUAUUUCAAUAUGCAACAGUCUCCUCUAACAUGGUCAUUAGCAUUUCCCAUUCACCCUCCAGCUUUAUUUUGGGGGAAAGCCGGAACCUAGGGGAAUUCAACAUCGUAACCCCUUCAGUCGGAUUCUCCUUAGAAUGCAGGAAAUCCCAGUGCCAGGAACAGGUUACAGUAGCAUUCUCAUACACAGUUUCAGGUCUAGUCACUAUUCAUAUAUGAUCGUAUUUUCAAAAAUUGCCAUAAUCGAAGGCACUCUUAACACGCAAUAUUAAAAUGGCAGUUUUGGGUCAGUGGUUUUAUACUUACAAUCUCCUGCUUUACGUGCAGUGUCUUCUGGUUGUCAUUUUAUCCUCAUCCUACACACUGUAAGCUUGUUUGAGCAGAGUCCUCUUCAACCUAUCGUUCCUGUAAGUUUUCUUGUAAUUGUCCUAUUUAUAAUUCAAUUCCCCCUUAUAUUGUAAAGCAAAAAACUGAAUCUGUUGGCGCUAUAAAAAUGGUGAUAAUACACAACUUAGUUUUAUAGAAGUUUCUUCCUGCAGUUAUUCACAUCCCCCAUCGGGGCAGUACAGAGCAAUUUUGGAGCAAAAUACCAAGUAUUGGGGUAGUGACUACGGGAACUUGUUGAAUUUACUGCGUGGUCACUCACUGAGAGAAUAUUUUUUAAAUGCUAUAAAAUAUAUAUCUCAAUAUCAAAUACAGUCUUUUAUAGAACAAGGAGAACCCUGUACCCAUGAGCUUACAGUUUAGUUAGUGAUGGGGUUCCAUAGCUUCCAAGUUUGGGAGGCAGAGAGCCAGAACGGUGGAACACUGAGUGUACAAGAGAUGCAGUGCGCUAACUAGCACAUUACUGAGACAGGUUUGCUUAAAGAGUGGGCAUAUCAACCUAGUGUAUUGUAUGAGCCAUGCAAGCUAGAGAAAACCAGCCAUAUCCCAACACCUCUCACAGCCCUCCAUAUGAUAUUUCAAUACAUGUCUGGAUAUUUUCAACACACCGACACUGCUACUUGCCACAUGAUUAGUAAGUGUUGCUAGAAUUUAAGUUACUAUAGCCAAAAGGGUGUAAGAUUACCAUUUCAGACCAUCAUACCACAUUUACAGCCAGCUGGUAUUUCCUGUAUGUGAACCCAGGUCUACUUUUCAGUAACCAUUAAUACUUCUGCAAUUACUAAAAUGUAGACUUCUGUGCAACAGGCCUCUCAAUAGGUCACAUUCACCUUACAAGGACAUGCAGAGCACCGAACAGACAAUACCAAAGGGGUGAAGAGGAUUUAUAGGGAGUCUGUACUAUAGAACCCCUUUUCUAUCCUAGUUCUCAUUGAUUAUGGUUUAAACCACUUAUCUAGUACGUAGAGUAUCCUGUCCUGCACUGUAAUGGUAGUAGUGGAUGAUCUGGUAAACUACACGAAGACACCUGUGACAAGUAGCCCGUUACUGUGACAUGUCUGGCCAGUAAGUCUUUACUCACCCUGACAGAAUACAUGGCAGCUAUCAGGCCUGGAGUCCCCAGGAAAGCUCAACUAGUAUAGAUAUCUAAACUGCUUUCCAUGUUGGCAAGCCAGGUAUUCUGCAUGUAUGGAACACAAAACGUGUGCCCAGCCUAUUCAAUGUCCAGCAAAGUUUAUGGAAUUUACGAUAUUUCCAUUAUGCCCAAUGAAACAAUACAUUUUAGUAGAGGUAUAUCAGCACAGAUAAUCAAAUUACUACUGGGUGUGUAAAUACACACAUUUAAUUAUAACCUGGUUAUACAAAAAAAUUAUUCGCUCCUGGCCAGGGAGAUUACAUUUAGUGUCACUCCACCAUUCUGCUGUCAACUCUCCAGAUCAGCCAGUUACUGGUUACAUAGUUACUGAAAGUACUCCGACUCCAUGGAGACUAACAGUAGGCCGCCAUCCUAAUAAGAACAUUCAGCUAUUCUUUUAAAUUGGUUUCUUUAUAACCGAAUGACCAGAUGUAUCUUUGCGAUGACAGCAUGAGGGAAUGCAAUGUCUUCAGACAUCUGAAUGCUGAUUAGCAUGGGGGCAAGUGCUGACUGCAUUGGUGCGCACAACCAGACAAUCUGAUUGCAAGCUCACAGAGCGAGCAGUCUGACUGCUUCCUAAUAGAAACAACCAAUACGUUGAGAAAUACACCCACAUAGGAUAAAAUGAAAUUGUGUGCAGAUUUAAUCGUACAUGCUAUUAAAACACACCUUGUGCAGUCUACCUAUCCCCCCCUUCCCACCAACAUUUUGGUUGUCCGGUCCUCAUGCCACAUACAUCUUAUUACCCUCCCUCCAUUGCCACUUUAAAUUUAUUAAUCUUCUUCCUUGUAUUGGAUUUCAAUACCUGGGUGCAGCCAUUUUGUUCUCUGCCCACAAUGCCUGUGAUUUGCCUCUGUGGCAUUUUACUGAUGGAUUGUAGGGUAAUUUGCAAAGUUUUGUCAACUUGACUGCUAUAGAUAAAACAUCCAUAGUCUAUUUUCCUUAUGCAUUUUAUUAAAACUUGCAUUUCUUUAAGAUGGCGAGUCAGAACUAGGCAGUUGUAUAGAAACAGAUUAAGUUUAUUUUUUUACUUCUGUGGCCAUCCUUCCAUUAUGGUGACAAGUCGCGUGGCCAAGUUUAGAAAGAGAAUAUUAUUUUAUAAGUCACUGGGCACAGAGCCAAUUUUUAUAUUAAAAAAUAAAAUAAAAAUAGAUACGUGCAACAGAUUGUGGUACACAUUCGGAAUGAACCUUUAAUGGAGAGGUUAGACUUCCUUCCUGGGGCCCGCUUCAUACACUCAGACUAAGAACGUACAAGGGUUUAACUGGUCUUUGUACAGAUCUUAAAAUUAUAACCACUACACUGUGAAUCAUGGAAUUAAGGUUAUUUUAUGUGAUAAAGGGUCAAGUACUUACAACAGGAGCGCAUGCUGACUGGCAUGAUUAGUACAGCAGGGUAGUAGUGUAACUGCAUCUCUGUUUCAAUGUACAUUUAAUCUCCUCUUGCGGAAUAAUCCAAGGAGCUAUAAAUCCAGUAAUCGGCUGACAUACACAGAUUGUGUAAGAGAGCGAGAGAGAGAGCCAGCAGAUAAACUGUCUAUUCCAUUGAGUCUCAGCUCCAAGAUCUACAUCCAACCAUGGCGCUAGACAAUGAGACACACUUCAUCCUCACCACCGUGGUCUGCUCCAUUGUGGCUUUCCUUGUGCUGACUUGUCUGUGCUAUUUCACCUGUAGGCUGGCAGGGUAAGCAAACAGGACCUGUGAGUGCUGAAUGGGUAGAGCUAGGGGUAAGAGCCAGGUGACAGACCAUGGUGGCAGCAUGUUAUACUGCAAUCCAAGAUUAGUAUCUCAUCCAGACACGAUACCCACAUAAUAAUAAUAAUAAUGUCUUAUUAUAUUAUUUAUAUAGCCACAUCAGAUUCUGUAGCACUGUACAAUGGGUACAUUGAGAGCCAAGUCUUGUUUUAAGGAAGUGUCACUGUCCGUGUCUGGGGACUUUGCAGAAUUUGCAGAGAUCCCCGAAUGACUGCCACUAGGGGGGGGGAGGGGGGCAGUGGCAGCAGGUAAAGGCGAGAUUUACUUACCUGAACCUGUGUCUUGUGGGCACUGCCAUCUUCCUCCAGCGGUUCCUCUUCAAGUCCUGGUGCAUCAAUGUCACUGCUGGACCCUUACAUAUGCGCGAGAGUAAAGCAUUAAGUUCUAUGGCGGAUCCUGUGAGACCCUGCAUCGCCAGAGCCAAUACCCUGCAGCCAUCUCUGGUGGCAGCUGGGGGGGGAUUGACACUUCAAUGGCGGUAACUCCACCCAGUGCCUAGAAGUGUCAGGUGUAGGAAACCUACAGAGAGAAAGUAGUCCCUCUCAGUAAGUCUCUUGAAUGGGUUGGAAGUUUAGUUAAAUCUCGACAGUAAAAAUGAGUAUUUCAUGUUCAUGGUGACAGUGCUGCUUUAAGUUCCCUUUUAUGAAACUGUCCAGCUUUUACAGAAUACAAGACUACAAUAAUUCUAACUCGGGGAUAAGUGGAUUAUCUAUUCCAUUUAUAUACUCCAGUAUAUCCGCAGCAAUUUACAAUUCCAGAAUGACUUUCUGACAAGUAAUGGAUAUAAGAGUUCAUAUUGACAGGAGAGGUGAAGCUCAAAUACUCUUACAAUAUAGGAGUUAAAAAGCUUCAUAUUGCAGCCAGCUACAAGCAAACGUUAUAUCUGGUUAAGGGAUUUACUUCAUGGGUGUGAUAUGUAAAGAGCGAAUAAAUAUUUAUGUUGUAAAGUUCCAUUCAAUGUGUCCCAAAAUACAGAUCUGGUACUAGAUAAGAUAAUGCAGUGUCCCCUCUGCCAAAAUACUGUGAAAAGGAUGUAUCUGUGGGUAAAAUAGCUUCUACCCACCAGUGGCAUCUUGUUACACCUAGAGCAGAAAUGUAUAAAAAUGUAAUAUUUGUUUAAAGGGAUGUUCUAUGCAAUUGACUCAAUAUUUUUAGAGUCUGCUUCCACAAGUGUAAUGGUGAAGUGUGUAUUUGUUCACAGUAUGAAGCUCUGUCUCAUUUCCUUGACAAAUUCAAAGUCCUGAAUUACAAGCGAUUGCAAACCUCUCCCUAGAUGACCUCUUAGAAUGGACAGGGUAUCAGAAUUGUUACCACUAAGAUUCCCUGUUUGGGGAAUAUAUCUUCCUUGUUCCAGCAGUUUGCCCUCCUGGUUUCUGCUUUAGGCGAGUGAGGGGGAGCGGCUGGCUUACUGGCAAAAGUACCAGUCUUUAAAAGUCUAUAGCUUAAUGCAGACGUGGGGGUAGGGGGAUUAACUGCUUUCCUCAGAGCCAGUGGGGGUCCAUUGUGGUACCAGGUGUGAUCUUCCACUAGCCAGAGCUGACUUUAGUUUCCAAAGUCUGGUGGAAGUUUAGAGCAAUUAAAGCAUAUCUUUAUCUGACUCAAAUAUCCAAAAAUAUUCCUGAUAGCAGAUGGCAGAUUAAUCUAUAAGUAACCCAUAAUCUGAUUAUAUAGUGUAAUAAUGGACACUGAAAUACAAGCAGAUCGCGGUGAACUAUGUUUCCCAUGAUGCUUCUGCAGCCCAAUGAUUAAUCUGGGCAACACAUUGAAUAAAUUAUAAUCCUGGAAGCGGUCAUGUUGGAUCUCAAUCUGAUAUGUCAGUAUUGUAAACUUCAGAAAUAGUUUAAAAAGGAGCCGUUUGACCCAGAGAGGUUUAACAGGCUCAUAUAGAUCUGGUCCUUCCAAUAGGUAUGUUACUGUAGCAGCACUGACUUCACCAGUGCAACGGAAACCCUUUUAACACAGUCAGUCUCAGGAGCUUUGCAGAAUUUUAUUUCAUAACCAGUGAAGAAUGGGAAAGUUUGAAGGUUUAAUAUCUCCCCACACAAAUGCCAAUGUAUGCAAUUUGGGCUGUUAAAAGAGAGGGGAUUUAUUUUUUUAAAUGCACAUUGCGUAUAUGUAUACACAAGUCAGCAAACCAAGAUUAUGUUGCAAGUACUUGUUAUACAUGUUACAGUGUGGGCAGCACUGCACCCAGUUACUUCCUUGGACAUGGCAGCUGUGUAUCUUUCGAAUAAUACACGUGUCACACACCCCCAAACACCAAACCUAUUUUAAGAUCUGUGUUUGGCAGAGGUCACACUAGGCCAGAGACAACUUUGUGACAAAAAAAAUAGCACAGGAUUGUCCAAUGUUUUCAGAAUGAGAAGGGUGUUGAGUAACAAUUCAUCACAUCCUCACUGAAACAAGCUUAUAAAACCCACAUCACACCCAAAUAUAUCUAGUUUAGCAGGAAGAAAAAGCAAAAGUUAGGACAUCCCUCCCAAUCUCAGCUAUGACAUGGUUUUAAGGAUUAUAUAGAAUUAUGAAAGUCCCAACACGCAUGCAGUGAAUACAUAGUGUAACGCAGAUCUAAUUUUGUAUUUGUCCUUCAUGAACCAGUUUGUGUGUCGAAUUACAUUAUUCCAGUUUCUUCCCAUUUCAGCUACAUAUUUUAAAGUAGACUUGUUCAAGAUCAUUUACAAAUAAUGGCAUGAGAUAGCUCCGCAAGAAAUAAAUAAAGCCAUAGUCCAACUGAGCAUUUUGCAAAACAUUGCUCACCAGCUUGCUUAAAGGACCACUAUAGUGCCCCCACCCUCAGGGCCCCUGUCCCGCCGGGCUCUAGGGGGUGGAAGGGGUUAAAUUUACCUCUUUCUCCAGCGCCAGGCGGGGGGACUCUCCUCCUCUCCCUCUUCUGUCAUUGGCUGAAUGUGCAUGAACAGCAUGAGCCGCGCGCAUUCAGUCAGGCCAUAGGAAAGCAUUCUCAAUGCUUUCCUAUGGAUGCUGGCGUCUUCUCAUUGUGAAAGUCACAGUGAGAAGUGCGGAAGCGCCUCUAGCGGCUGUCAGAGCCACUAGAGGCUGGAUUAAUCAAUUUCUAAACAUAGCAGUUUCUCUGAAACUGCUAUGUUUAUAGAUAAAGGGUUAAUCCUAGCUGGACCUGGCACCCAGACCACUUCAUUAAGCUGAAGUGGUCUGGGUACCUAUAGUGGGCCUUUAAGUGCUUUAUGUGUGAAAAAUAAGUCCUUUACAUUAGAAAGUGCAGAUUUCAGUAGGAAUACACUUUUAAAAAACUAAAAACUUUGUUUCACCAGCUUGGCUAUUAAACUAAUGUACUCCUUGGUUUAACUCAGGGUUACUAAAUUCAAGAGGCAGCUUUUGCCCAGAGCACCAGUCUUGCAAAAACUUCUCACUCAUCUGCAUUGGGAAGUCUGAUUGAACAGACAGUUGGGCAGGAAAAAAAGAAGCCUAAUUAAAUGCAGUCACGGUUCCAUUUAGGUAUACCCACUAAACAGUGAUUUUUAUUUUGUACUUUGUCAGUGACUGCCCCUCUAAAGACACCAACAUAACUUUAUCUUAAAGUAAUUUUGGUGUAUAUAAUUGCCCCCCUGCAGUCGCAUUGCUCAAUUCACAUGUUUAUUCAGCUCUAGCCACACCUUCCUUGCAUGUGACAGACAGCCUCCCUACACAUUUCCUGUAAAGAGAUUGAAGUUUAAACUUCCUUUAUUACAGUCUAAUUUCUGUUAAUAGUUUGUUAAACCUUGCAGGAGCAGCUUGUGUAAUUAAAAUUCACUUUACAGAGCAGUGGGAUUAAAAAAAAUUAAAUAAGUUAACAUCUGAUUGAAAACAAAAAUUUUUUUUCCAAUGCAGGCUGUGUGAGACAGUCAGGGGAGGUGUGGUUGGGACAGCAUAAAAAAAAAACAAAAAAGGGGUUGUAAGUAACAUGCAUUCUAUUAUCCCCAUAUAAAGGAUUACACACAAACAGAAUUGAUCCUAGUGAAGCCAGGAGUUCAUUGGCAAGGCUGGAGCGGUGACACCACCUGUCACCCUUCCCUUGUUAGGUACUAUGUUUACAGAUUAGUCCCGCAGGAAAAUCUUUAAAUUCAACUGUGGCUGGUGGCAUCCUUCCAAACCAGAAACCGGAGAGUGGCACCUCAAACUCUCAGAAUCUUGAUCUAGGGGUCUUCAAACUCAAUAGAUCAAAGUUUACCAAGGCAGUGGGUGAUUAACAUAAUCCUAGAAGGAUCCAGUUGGCAUGAUAAUUGAAGCGGAGGUUAAGCGUGAGAAGUCAAAUACUGUCCGUGUUUUUUUUCAUAUAGAAUAUAUAGGUAUCUGAACCCUAAAACGUUCCAAUAUUUAACUAUUAGGUGGUAACACUGAGAUAGGGACUGUGGUAUAAUGGGCAUCCCCCAUCCCUACAAUUAGUGGUUGUAGUCUUUGAUCUUCACAUUACCCAUAAUUUUACUAUGGCUUCUAAAAACCCACCAACCUCCCAGGGCUGGAACAAGGUUCCUACAUGAAGGGUGUAAAAGGGGCAUGCCCUGAAAGUUACAUUAUUGUGGCAGCAUUUGCCAUAGGGCUCCAUGUGGAGAGUGUCCAAGAAUGCUGGCCUUUGGAUGCACUACUCCAAAGAACAAAUGGGACUUCAUUCAAAAAAGUGCAGCCCCAGACUCAAAUAGGCUGCACUUUACUCACAUUAUAUCCAAAGAUCACAUUUAGUUUGUCAGACUCUAAACAAAACAUUUGUAUCUUUAUUAUAGGCCCAUGUACAGGCAGUUUAUUUUUCACAGUUUAGCAAUGAUCUGUUUUCUCCUCCUCUUUAUUUCCUCAGUCUCCCUCAGUAUAAAAAUCUCUCCUUACACCCACUUCACUCAUCCACAUUUACAUAUGCCCUUCUCUGCUACACUCCCCCUUUCUCUCAUGCCUUACACUCAUUUUUCUACUCUCUCACUCCGACCCACAAUCUCUCAUUCUAUACCCCAUGCAUAUAAAACCCAUUCACAGCUCCUGUCACUUUCUCUCCUCCUACUUCUAGCAGCUGAUGUCUCUCCCAAUCCAGGGCCCUUCACCUUCUAUACACACACUAAGACAACCAGAAACCUCAUCACAAUACCCUACCUUACCAAAAUUCAUUGUGCACUCUGGAAUGCCCGCUCCAUCUGCAGUAAUUUAAAAAACAACCAUACAUGACUUUCAUCUCAAACUCACUUCUUCUGAAGUUCACUGUCCGCCUAUUUAAACCCACUCCUUUAAGAAUUGCUAUCUACCUCCAAAAACUGAGAAGAGAUCGCUCAUCUUGCUUCUUCCCCUUACAAUACUUCCCCUAACGUCUCCCUCUGCUGUUCUAUGUUCAUUCGCACCCGCUAUACUGGAAGAGGUUUCUGCUCUGCUCCGGUCCUCCCACCCCCCCACCUGUUCCCUAGAUCCAAUUCCCUCACAUCUCAUCCGUACUCGGUCUUCUCUUUCUCACUAAAAUUCUCAAUCUCUCUCCUCUGGUAUAUUUCCAUCGCCCUUCAAACAUUCAACUGUAAACCCAAUUCUAAAGAAGCCCAAUCUUGACCCUAACUCCCCAUCCAACUAUCGUCCUAUCUCGCUACUGCCUUUUGCAUCCAAGAUCCUUGAACGAAUUGUUUAUGUGAGAUUAACAGACUUCCUCAAGUCCAACUCUCUGCUAUACCCGCUUCAGUCUGGUUUCCACGCUAAGCACUCUGUGGAAACGGCACUGACCAAAGUAUCCAAUGAUCUACUCACUGCAAAAUCUCGUGGUCACUACUCUACCCUAAUUCUCCUUGACCUGUCUGCGGCUUUUGACACUGUUGAUCAUAAACAGCUUCUUCUCAUCCUCUGCAAUAUCUGUCUACAAGAUACUGCUCCUCCUACCUCUCCCAGCACUCUUUCAGUGUUUCUCUGGCUCCGCUUCUUCUCCCCAACUCCUCUCUGUUGGGGUCCCCCAAGGUUCAGUCCUUGGUCCCCUACUGUUCUCCAUCUAUACUGCCUCCCUUGGUAAACUCAUUAGCUCCUUUGGCUUCCAAUAUCAUUUCUAUGCGGAUGACACGCAAAUCUACCUGUCCUCCCCUGAUAUCUCCCCGUCCCCCUUGACUAAUGUAUCUGACUGCCUCUCUGCUGUUUCUAACUGGAUGGCUGCCCACUUCCUUAAACUAAACUUGACCAAAACUGAAAUUCUGGUCUUUCCUCCUUCAAGUGUUGUUACUCCUGUGUCUGUUUCCCUCCAAGUCAACGGUGCUACCAUCAGCUCCACCAUGCAGGCUCGCUGCCUAGGUGUUCUUUGACUCCGACCUCUCCUUCAAGCCUCAUGUUCAAUCUAUUGCCAAAUCCUGUCAUUUCCAUCUCAAAAACAUUGCGCGCAUUGGUCCCUACUUAACACCAGAUGCGACUAAGGUGUUGGUCCAUUCCACGGUCCUGUCUCGCCUUGACUACUUUAAUCCGCUUCUCAGUGGUCUUACGUGCUCCCAACUUGUGCCGUUACAGUCCAUAAUGAAUGCGGCAGCGAGGCUCAUCUUCCUGUCCACCCGCACCUCCCAUGCCUCACCCUUCUGUCAGUUCCUACAUUGGCUUCCUAUGAAAGAGAGUUCAAUUUAAAAUUCUGGUUCUUGCUUUCAAAGCGCUACAUAAUGCUGCUCCCACCUAUCAUCCCUUAUACACAAGUAUGUACCGUCCACGCCCUUACGAUCUGCUGAAGACUUAAGUUUAUCUCCUGUCCGUACUCCCACCUCUGAUGCUCGCCUUCAAGAUUUCGAGGGCUGCACCGUUCCUGUGGAACUCGCUUCCCUCCUCCGUUAGAUGCUCACCCAGUCUCCACGCCUUAAAAAAAAAAAAAAAAAAAUCAUUAAAAACCCACUUCAUAAAAGUGUGUCAAUUAAACUGUUAAUAGCUCCUGACUGAUUCCUCUUCUGCAACUGUCAUUAGUCUAAUACUAUCCUUACCUUUUUGUGCCAUUUUACCCCACUCCCUCUAGCAUGUAAGCUCAUUGAGCAGGGCCCUCAACCCCUCUGUUCCUGUGUGUCCAACUUGUCUGGUUACAACUACAUGUCUGUUCGUCCACCCAUUGUAAAGCGCUGCGGAACUUGAUGGCGCUCUAAAUAUAAUGAAAAACAAAUUCAAAAGAAUAACUUUUUAAAACAAAGUCAUCAAUUUACCAUCGUGCUCUGCUGGAUGGGCUGUUAACAAGAGUACAUGUGUUUAGUGAAGUAAAAAAAAAAAAAAAAGGAAAAAAUCAAUAGGGAUUUUAACAACGGAUGCCUUCUCUCCCACCAGGACUAGUCCCAAAGUACUGGAACUGUUCUAAAAAUCAAGAUACAAGUUCGUGGCAAUAGUCCGGCCCCGAGGAGCCAAGAUGGUGGUGAAACUAUGGAUAUUUUUGCUGGUUGUUGAACUCUCCACAUGCAGCUCCUUCCCAGGUAAAUUACGUUCAACAUCACAGCCAUACUGUGACACAUUGCAGGAGAUUUUUGGAAAUAUUGCCAUCUCUUAAGUUUGGUUUUUGGCAAAUUGUCAGAUUUAAUAGACACCAGAUUUAUUUUACAUCUUAACAUUUUUAGUAUAUGCCAUUAUUUCCUGAGACUGAUCAAUUUAACUACCUUUCGAAGAAAAAAAAAAGAGUGUUCCAUUUAAUUUCUCUCUCCUAAAUUUGGAGAUCUAAAAUGGAAAUUUUUGCACAAAAUGGCAGACUUUACUCUAAAAAUCAUCUCAUUUUAGACCUAAGAGAGAAACUACUGCCCAAACAAAAAUACAUUUAUAAACUGCAGCCUUUUUCUAGCCCCGCCCAGAGUUUGUGGCUGUCCAAUCACAGACUUUCCAAAGCAGCUCAAUGAGAAAGCUAUGGAAGGCAGGUGCUCUGGGCAAUUGCUGCCUCUUGAGUUUAGUUCCACUGAGCUAACCAAACCAGGAAAUAACAUGACCAGUUGUCACAAGGUUAAAUAGAAUUUAUAAAACAUGAACAACUCAGCCCAUCAUGCAAGAGCAUGGAAAGCCAGUAAAUGGAGAUUUUAAAUGGCAAUUUUCAGGGUGAAGUGUUAUCAUGAAACAAUCAGCAAGAUUAUUCCACUUGUUUUUCGCAGGUUUUGCCUUUAAAUGGUCUUUACAGCCGAUAUUAGUUUUACUUUUUGUAUAAACAGGCCAAUGUAAUUUGUGGUAAUCAUCUGAAGACGAGGUUCACGUUAUACAUUUUUUCCCCCUGUUGCCAAUAAGAGCUUUCUAUUACACAAACCAUCACAUUCAGGUAAAACAUAGGGAAAUUUGAACCAGCGAUACAUUUCCAUUUGUUUAUCAAAAAUUCUUUAUCUGCUUCUGGGCUCUGAAUGUUGAGCCAUUUGUCUUCCAUGUUGCAGAGAGAGAAAAGAAUCCAGAUUACUGGCGGGAUCAAGCCCAGCAAACCUUGAAACGAGCUCUGGACCUUCAGAAACUAAACACCAAGGUUGCAAAGAAUGUCAUCAUGUUCCUUGGCGACGGUAAGCAACCCUAAAUCUGGUGCGGUCGCAUGUCUCUUGGGGCGGUAAGCAGCCCCAAACCUGGCACGGUCCCAUGUUCCUCAGGAACAGUUGGUCUCCAAAUCUAAAAAUGGUCCUAUAUGCCUCAGGGAUGGCAAGAAGACUAAACCCAGUGUGGUGUAGGCAGGUAGCAUGAACACUACCUUUAGAAUCAGUAGACUAGUUCAUUUAAACAGGACUUCUUUUCUCAGGUAUGGGGGUACCAACUGUGACUGCUACUCGAAUCCUUAAAGGACAGCUUGAUGGACAGCCUGGAGAAGAAACAGAACUGGAAAUGGAUAAGUUUCCAUAUGUGGCUCUUGCAAAGGUGAGACUUUUAUUCUUCUGAAAUGUGAUAACCUUUGAAUUAAUCUGCAAAAAUAACAAUAGUAAAUUCUCAAAGUCUCAGUUUUUUAGCCUAAAUGCUGCAGUUUGAAUUAGAUCCAAAUCAAAAAAACAAUGUUAGGUUUAUGUUUUUUUAGAGGUUACUUUUAAACUGUCCAUUUAGCCCUUCAAAGGACAUCUCGCUCUAAGGAAUGUGUGAAUGGUUUAAUUACGCAAGUGUACAGUAAAAUUAUUGCAGUGUUCGACAUCUGAACAGCUGUGUUCCAGACUUUCCAAAACCUUGUAUCAGACGGAGGACUCUCGCCCCAGGAGAAUUUUAUAUAGACUGCAAAAACCAAGAAAACCUGUAAUGAAAUAUUUCAGCUUAGAAAAAUGGCUUAUUGAUGUUGAAACAUUCAAGUAUGGUUUCACUAGUGUUCGUCAGUUUUCUCCUUCCUAACCCAGAUUUUAAUUUUAGACUCAAAUGUUAACUUUUGGGAAAAACCAAUACACAAAUAUAACUUUGCCAAUGAGUGAAUCCUUGUUCGGUUUACCAGUCUGACCAGACCAUAAAAAAAAUAAAAAUUCUGGAAAGCACCUUGCAUCCUAAAACCGGACCACGGCCACAAUCCCAAUCCUUUCUGUGGGAAUCACCGUUGGCCUCAUUAAGGGGAGCAGUGUACCAGCACAUUCCUGCCUGUUAUAAUAAGUAAUCUGUGAGCAGGGAGUCACCAGUCCACAAGUCAAACUUCAGCUUAAAUAUAGGAGAAUGAACUUUACUCUCAUCCAGCCAGGUUGCAGUAUGUGCAGUUAGCAGGGAUAAUGUUCUCCAUUUAUUAAUCCAGCUCCACACUCUGUGCAGACUCCGUUUCCCAGCGUUCUUUUGGCUUAACAUUUAAACAUUGAAAAGAAAAUACUCAAGUCUUGUACCCACCUAUGUAGAACAUUAUAAAUCCAGUUACAUGGUCAAUAACGUGAAUAUCCAUUCUAAUGAAUCCCACAAUGGUUGCCAGACCCACAUUUUCCUGGAUACAUCUCUUCUUGCUGAUGGUGAGAUGACAAAAAGGUUGCUAACCACAGUAUGCAAAACUCAUUCUGCCAGAGGGAUAGAUGUCACAGCACAUCAUUUGGGAUACCUGCUUGAUAGACGUCCCUACUGCAGCAUGUACCUUUAAAUACUGGGGCAGCACUUUCAGUGUGCCUCAACAGCAUAAAAUCAUGCCAACCAAGUUUUCAUGGACACCAAGGCCCCAUGAGAUCACUAGAGAGGGAGAAUGGUGGAUACAACUCUACAGCUUUAGGCUUUUAAUCACAUUUCUGCUCAGAUGCUAGCCAAGGAAAAAUCUUUAACAAGGUCUUAGUAAGGCCCUUAACACAUUCAUGGCCAGAGGAGAGUAGUGCGUGUGUUACGCUAGACAGAAUUAAAGUUGUGCAUGCAGCUUGUACAGAAGGUGAUUAGUGUCACGGUUUGUCUCCCACAGACCUAUAACACAGAUGCACAGGUAGCGGACAGUGCUGGCACUGCCACAGCUUACUUGUGUGGGGUGAAAGCCAAUGAGGGCACAGUGGGUGUGAAUGCAGCAGCUGUACGCGGGCAGUGCAAUACUACCAAGGGCAACGAAGUGGACUCCAUCCUAAAAUGGGCCAAAAAUGCAGGUGAGUGUGGGGGCAUAUAAUCCUUGUGAAGACACAAAUCUGCAAAUUAAUUUAUUUUUAAACAUUUCACACAGGAAAAUCAGUUGGUGUAGUUACAACUACAAGAAUCAACCAUGCCACCCCCAGCGCAGCAUAUGCCCACUGCGUUAACCGGGACUGGUACUCCGAUCACGAAAUGCCCAAUGAUGCCAUCACCCAGGGCUGUAAGGACAUUGCCUGGCAGCUCUUCAAUAACAUUCCCAAUAUCGAUGUAAGUAGGUAUUGCGGUUAAUAAAAAAAAAAAAAAAAAACAGAAAGGAGAACUACUGCACAACACAAGUAUAGCUUCACCCAUGCAACCACACUUUGAUAUUUCAGUUAACUCUUACCUUUACAGGAACAGACUUCAUACUCAAUGUGAACAGAAGCAUUUUAGCUAAAAGAUAAAAUUACAAUGAUAUAUUUAAGUUUUUUAAAUUUAUGUUUCAGACAAGUCACAUCCUCCCUGCUGCUUUAUUUGAUUUUAACAUUACACUCAAGGAGGGUAGGCUACUGAACUGUACUCACCCCCUUCCCCUAAAUUAUGUAGGUGAUCAUGGGUGGUGGAAGGAAGUACAUGUAUCCCCUAAACACCCCAGACGUGGAGUAUCCUGAAGACCCCAAGGCAAACGGAUCACGGCAUGACGGUUUGAAUUUGACCAAAGUCUGGCUGGAUAAUAAACCCAACAAACAGGUAAGUUCUACACUACAGGUCAGAAACCUUAACCACCAUAUGAUUUAAACUAUUGGCUCUGGAAAAUGGCCAUGCAUUCAGACCGACAUCCACUCCUCUAUCCCUUAAGUCACAGCCAUAAUAUUUGUGGUCUCUUUAAGAGCCUGUUAUAAGACCUAAUUUAAUGAACGAUAUGGAGUCUACUGCACACAAAGUACAUUUUAGUUUAUAUCCAAGGGUAUAGGUCUGCAUUGCAUGUGAAGGUUGGACUGUACCUGCUUUACACAGAGAGUAGAUCUCUUGGUCCGAGCCGGACUCUUGUCUUCGAGUUGACACAUAGCCCAUAUUGGAUCCUGCAAGUGAGACACUUUGUUAGAAUGCAUUUUGGUAAAUUUUAUAGAUUUUGCACAAAUCACUGUAGAGAUCUGAAGAUGGAAACAAAAUCUUGUAUAAUAUUUUAGAAUAUAUACUUCAAAUCCUGCCCAGUUUACGCUUUGGUCAGAUUAAGACUAGUGCUGCAAUAUGUCUUUCAUAGCACUUACAGACUGGGCCUGCAUAUAGACAAUAAAACUAGACAUUUAAAAUAAAUGUUUUUUUUUUUUUUUUUUAAAUCUCUCAAUGCUCGCCACAAGUGUUCUGCAUUGAGGCCAAGACAAAACAUCUUUAGGAGAAUGCUUAUACAAUAUUCUGAUUUCUCCAUAGGCAGCACGCUACGUCUGGAACAGGGAUCAGUUAAUGGCACUCAGGCCGCAGGAUGUGGAUUACCUUCUUGGUAAGUCAGACAAAGCAAUCACCGCAUCAAAGUCCAGGACUAAUCGACACUGGUCAUUUUAAGGUCCCUUUGGGCAGAAAGGCUUAAACCUCUCUCCCAACUUUGCACUUCUAGCACCACAUUAUACAGCCAUCCUCUUUCAGUCAGAACCCAAAUUGCUACGUGGACCCAACCAGGCCGGACCCAAUACAGCCAUCCCCGUCAGUCAGAACCCAACCAGGUCACCCCCAAUACAGCCAGACUGGUCCACCAGUUACACAGUCAGCCCCGGUCAUUUCCAAAAUUACUACAGCAACCAGUCAGGGUUAGCAAUACACAAUCUCAUACAAUUGUCCUGAUCUACCCAGUGCCCCCAUCAGAUUCUAAGACCCUUACAUAAUGCUCCUCACAUUGGCCUAGAUCUCAUAGUAAGAUGCAGUUAAACUGUAUUUUUUGCUGCAGGAUUGUUUGAACCCAUGGAUCUGGUUUAUGAAUUGGAACGAAAUAAGUCAACAGACCCAUCUCUGACAGAAAUGGUAACAAUGUCCAUUAAUAUCCUGAAGAAAAAUCCCAGAGGCUUCUUCCUGCUCGUGGAAGGUAUGUCAACAAUUGACGACAGCAGUUAACUUAGUAGCAGUUUGAUUGCCCAUACCCACCAAGAAAACCCAAGUUCAACAGGUCUCUACUUCCUGCGAAAGUGGGAACUGUGUCUCCAUGGUGCUGUCUCCAAUCUAUGAAUGCGUCAUUUCAUCAUAACCACAAGGGUUACUGUGACUUGCACAGGAGUUCUCCACCAAGGUGUUCUACAUCCCCCAGUUUAGGCUUUGAGUGAUUACAUUUGGAAAUAAAGAACAUGUUUGUUUAGGUUUUAUAAUGGGUAAAAGGGACACUAUAGUCCUCAAAACAACUUUAGCUUAAUUAGGCAGUUUUGGUGUAUAGAUCAUGCCUAUGAAGUCUCACUGCUCAAUCCACUACCAUCUAGGAGGUAAAUCACAUGUUUAUUUAUACAGCUGUAGCCACACCUCCUCUGGCUCCAAGUGACAGAGCCUGCAUUAAAACAAAAUGGUUUCAUUUUUCAGUCAGAUGUCUUUACCUGCUGCUCUGUUAAUGGAAAUAAAAAAAUAAAUAAAUCCAUACAUGGAAGACACCUGCAUGGUCUAGAAGUCUACCAGAGUAUAUGAUUAAAAAAAAUAAUUAAACUGACUGUAAUACAAAAAAGGAAGGUUAAAUAUUAAAGGUCUAGUUACAGAAAGUGGUUUGGAAGGCUGUGUCGCCACAUGUAGUUCAACGAUCUACAGGAACUGUAUAAACAAUGUUAUUUAAACUUGUAAAAGGCAGAUAAAUGAGCAGGGAGACUGCAAGGGCAUGAUCUAUUGUAUCCCUUUAAAUUUAGCAUCCAGGAAAAGGGGAUUUUACAACAACCUUUCCCCCCCCUGCCCCCCCCCCAAAAAAAAAGAAAAUAUAGAUGUCAGAGAUCGAAUCUUUAAGAUACUCAUUUUGACUGUUAAACUUUCACUAAAAGUCCAACCCAGUCGAGAGAUACACAGAGACAAAGUGGAGUCUAUUUUGUCUCUGUAUUUCUCCUUUGCCUGAUUUUCCUUGAUGACUGCCAGGAAGUGGCAGACUAUGGAUAAACCCACAGUCUCGUGGGAUCCCCUUAGACCUCAAUGUGGAGAACAGGGACAUCAGCACUGAGGAGGACCACGCCAGACCAUGAUGGCCAUGCCUGCGAGGGAUAGGGUCAGGUAAGUAAAUUCACUUACCUGGACCCUGCCCCCUCCUUCCCAACCGUGACGUCAUGGUCGGGGGACUUUGCAAAUUCGGCAAAGUACACAAGUGUUACAUGCCGCUUUAAGGCACGUGACGUUUGAAGGGAUAUUUGCAAAUUACUCACCCUCCUGCAAUUGAUAACAGAUGUACGAGCAGUUACAGAAUAUGCAUGACUCAUUGCUGUGCUAAUUCCUCCCUCUGCAAGGCAUUUCCUGUGGAUAGUGGACAGAUGGGAAGUGAUCCCUUCCACUUCCUGUCCAGCCUCACACACAGACACUGGAGGCUGGGACAGCACUGAGUGUUACACCUUCCAGAACUGUUAAUGCAGCUCUGAUAAACAUAGGAGGCUCCUACUCAAUACCUCCUUAUUUUGGAAGGACAGUCCCUAUUUUGGUCCCAAAUUCCUCUGUCCCUCUUUUCUAGGAGCUCAAUUUCGUUAGUAGGCGUGUAUAACAGAGGUCCAAGGCAAUAGUACUCCCAGUAAUGAGUCUUUAAACUACAAUAACUGUUUAGAAAUCAGUCUGUGGAAAGAGGUACAUUGUUCUUGUGCUACUCAAUGGGAAAUCCAGCCUUGAAAGAGGAAUCAAAUAUCCCCCAAUUAGUGACCUUCACACCUUUUCCACAAAAAAAAACAAAAAACCCACAAGCAUAGAUUUGUGAUUGUGUUUGAUAUUUUAACGCUUUUAAACUUUAAAGCUUGCACCCUACCGAGUAAUUAGAAUUUGGAUUUAUUCAAGUGUGAGCCUGUUUCCUUUGCAGUUGCUCCAAUGUUCAGGUUUAGAUAACAUCACGGCCUCCAUCAGUGGGUGACAACCAUGACAGUUGUCACGGGCCCGGUGGCCCUGGGCGGCAAAACAGGAAUUUGUUCAUAUUGUUUGAGGGACCGUGAACUGGCCCCCUAUUUAAAAAGUUUGAGGGCCCCUGUCAUUAUGUAUGCAUGUAUGUGUGAAUGGAUGUCUAUAUGAAUGUAUAUAUGCCUGAAUGAAUGAAUGUCAGUGUAUGUCCUCAUGCCUGUGAGUCUGUAUGUGUGUGUGUAUAUAUAUCUCAGUAUGUCUGUUAGUAUCUGUGUAUAUGUGUCCUUUUGUAUCAGUGUGUGUGUCUGGGUGUGUAUUCCUUUGGGCGGGAUUUGGAGGCGGACCCUGUGGGUGGGAUUUAAGGCGGGCCCCAGACCCUGAGCUGAGUUAGGGGCCCCAACAUUUCUGGUGGUGGCCCUCAAUAAAAUGCCCCUUUUUUGUCUACAGGAGGCAGAAUUGACCAUGGUCACCAUGAAGGAAAGGCAAAACAGGCCCUACAUGAGGCAGUGCAGAUGGACAUUGCCAUCGGUGUUGCCAGCACCAUGACCCGAGAAGAAGAUACACUGACUGUCGUCACGGCGGAUCACUCCCAUGUUUUUACCUUCGGUGGAUAUACACAUCGGGGGAACCCCAUCUUUGGUGAGAAGCUAUGUAUAGAUCAAACAUUACAUUCAUGUAAAAUAAAAAAAUAAAAAAUAAAAAAUAAUCACUUUCUAGCGUUACACCCAACCAGUCUGCAGAUAGGAGCAUGCUCACCAAUACACCUGCCUGUUGUAGCCAUGCAUAUAUACACACAAACAAUGAAGAAUUUUAUUCCGACAAAUCACAUCGUACAUUGUAGACAUUUGCAAAAAAUAUCUUAAGUAGGUUAUGUGGCAAUAUUGUAUUCUGUGCCAAAGUUUGACCUUUGGUAUUCAACAACCUGUAUUCUUAGACUGAUGCAGGCACCAUGUUUGUCAGUCUCAGGAGAGAAGAUACUCCCAGCUUCUAACAAACUUUCUCUCUUUUCAGGUUUAGCACCAUCUCCAAGUGAUAUCGACCAAAAACCAUUUACUUCAAUCCUCUAUGGCAACGGUCCUGGCUACAAAAUGGUGGAUGGCUCACGGGAAAAUGUUUCUACAGUGGAUUUCAGUGAGUAGACACCAUUUCUGCCAGGAGCAUUCUAAUGGAGAGUCACAUUUUCCAUUCUUUUACCAGUUAGAUCUCUGGACACUUGUGCAAGUUUGGUUUAGUUUAAUGGGGUGGGGAGGGUACAGAGCUAUCUGUAUACAUCCAGGUAUGAGGGUAUAAGUCCAUUACAUACCUCAUUUCUCAGUUCGUAUUUAAAAGGUUACUUUAAGGACCAAGAACACUUCAUUGAUUUGAAGUGAUCAUGGUGUCUGGAGUCUCAAUGUGCAGAGAAAACCCCCCAUAGCUACCAGAGGUUUAACUUCACUUCUAACAGCAUCAUUAGCUAGCCCAAAUUUGGCAUCACUAUCCUCGUCUCCGAUGGAACGGAGGAGAGAGAGUUAACCCUUUCUGAGGUGGUUCCCACUCCACAAAAUGCUAUUUCAACCAAAACCAGUGUUUUAGCAUUUUUUCCCUACUUCAUGCCUAAAUGACAGUUCAUGCACAAAUGUUUAAAAAUAAUCUCAAUGUGUGGAAGGAUUAAGAAAGGUUAUGUAACUGGUGCAGCCGCUUUGGAUAAUAAACAUCCACAGUUCUAUGUUUAGGUGUUAAGUCUACCUUUAAAAGGUGUGACGUGGAAACGCGUUGAUUUAGUGCUUUCCUUUUGGAAAGCGUGGAUGUGUGCAAGGUGCUCUCUGCACAUUGCAUCCCCAAAGCUUCUAUGAAGAGCAUUAGAAUUAACCUUUGUGGAGGAGGCCAUGCUCCAAUGAGGUCAUGAGAGGAGAAGGUGACCAGCACCAAGGGAGCUUUGCCACAAAAAAAAUAAAAAAAAUAAAAAUGUAUUGCUUCUGGUCAUAAACUGCUAAAAAGUAUAGCAGGGGAGACCUUACAGCAAAAAAACAAAAACAACAAAAACACACAUUUGAGUGUCCUAUUCGUUCUCUUCACAGCUCAAAACAACUACCUGGCGCAGUCUGCAGUACCUCUGAAAAGUGAGACACAUGGUGGGGAGGAUGUGGCCGUCUUUGCCAAGGGUCCAAUGGCACAUCUUCUACAUGGCGUUCAUGAACAGAAUUACAUCCCUCACGUUAUGGCAUAUGCUGCAUGCAUCGGCCAGAAUGAAGACCACUGCUCAGCCGCCAGUGGAAGUAAAAGUCUGCCAGCCUCCAUGAUCCUGGUCUCCACACUGGUAUCCAUUCUCACACUUCAACUCUUGUUUUAAAAAUGGAAACAAGAUCAGGUCCAAAGAAGAUCUACCUCUUCAUACAGACAGCAGAGCCAUAGGAGUCAUCUUUGCCUAGAACCUACAGACUAAAGGCUUUGGAUGCUCUGACUAUUUGAAUUGGCUGUUAAGUGUACAACAAUAUUGGUUACGCACAAUAAUUUCUCAUGGGCCACCUUGGCAAGACUGGUAUCGUUUUUCCAUUCCAACAUACUGUUAGAGAAUUAAGGUUGACCAUUUAAUAAGAUUUAUUUACCCCAGUUCAGUGUCAAAUAACUGUAUUAGCAAUGUAUAAGUUGGAAAUGGAUAUUUAUUCCCACUACAUUCUAAGCCAUACUGUGGAAAAAUUUUAUAUAUAUAUAUCUUGGCCAAAAGUUACAGGAUGAAGGGACUGUCCGUGACAAAUAAUGUGGGCGUUAGACAUUCACCAUGUAGUUUUAAAACAUGUAAACCUGUAUAAGCGUGGUGUGAUAUCAACAGCAAAUGUUAACAUUAACCAGAUGAUCAAUUGAAAGAUGGCUGCUGCCACGAACCAACAUACAUCUUCCAUCUCCUUAACUAGUUUGUUUCCAACAAGUAUUUAACUAGGUUAAAGAUGAUUUAAGGACCAGCCCACUCUUGUCACUAUCCUGUGUGGGUUUAACUUAGUCAUGUCUUUGUGGGAGGAUUUACAAACUAAUCUCAGGAACCCAUUUUUUGGUGAUACUUCAUGCGGAGAGGAAAAAACCUAGCCACUCACAAGUCAGUAAGGGGGGAGAGAGGGGGGUGUUGUAGAGUAAUGUCAAGUAAAACCAGGGAUAGCAGGUUUAAAAUGUACAUUAUAUGAAAUUAAAGUGAAAUAAGAUCUUAAUGUUUUAUAAAAUGUAAGAA